ACAAAGUUUCGGGAUCGUACCUGUUCUCCGUCAAUUCUGUGUUGAUUGUAGUGACAAAAACAAUUCUCUUGUUCACCAUCAACAUCAAAAUCUCUCUGAGGAUUUGGUGUUUGAAGGAAGGAUCAAUGAGCUAAAAGGUUCAACUAGUGUUUUUUAUAUGGUCCAUGUAGAUUCAUCGACGGUUGCUGUCCCUGAUUUGGUUGAUUCUCAAGCUCAAGCAGUCUGUCUUUCAAUUGAGAUGCUUAACUCGAUUUUUCAGAAGAAAAUUACCACUGUAGUAAGUAUACCACCCCCUUGUAGACUGAACUUUUCUCGUGCCCUUAAAUCAGCUUUAGAUAAAGUGCUUGCUCGCCCUGGGUAUUUAAUAGUUUGGUUGCACCUGCUUUUACUCCCUGUUUGCACGCUUAAUUUGUAUAUACCUAAGGGCACUGGCGAAGAAAGAUGUGGGGUUAGAAAGAAACUGCAGAUUGCAGCAAUCAAUCAAGCUUUAUGUAAGUGGAGAGAGCCUAAUGGUUGUUUUGUGCUAGUUCAAAAUCUGCUCGAUCUUACAAAACAUAGUGCCAAGCAGCAACGUCCCAGGAGGAAGAAGGAAGACAACACCAAUAUACAGGCUUGCAAGAAGAAGAUCAGCUUUGGCCAUUUUACGGCUGUUAUCCGUGUUCUUUUUUCUGAUGGCAUUGCACCUGCGACUUCAGAGACACUACAUGAUCUCCAGAAAAAACAUCCCUUUGCUCGGCCCCCAAUUGUACCUGCAGAUGAUAUUACCACCCCUUCUUUAGCUGUUGAAGCAACUGCGGUUUUAGCUGCUCUGAAAAGCUUCCCUAAGGGCACUUCUUGUGCACGAGAUGACCUUAGAGAUCAGCAUCUGCUUGACGCAAUGAGUGGUACCGCUGCUGCUGUGGCUGAUGACUUGUUACAAUCCAUUGCAGGGGUAGUCAAUUUUUGGCUAGCUGGUCUUUUCCCUCCAAUUAUUGGUGAAUACGUGGCCAGCGCACCAUUAAUCCCACUCCUAAAGCCAGGUGGUGGAUUGCGACCAAUUGUCGUGGGCACUAUAUGAAGGAGACUAUGCUCCAAUCUUGCUGCCAGUGUUGCCUGCAAACACUAGGGAUGGUCAUGGGGAGGGUAUUUGGGCGGGGAUCUUGUAUCCCAGUCACUGCCCCGUUCAAAAAAAAAACCCACACCCUCCCCAUUACCCGCUUGAUCUGGGACGGGGCGGGUAUGGAAAAUACCCGUACGGGGUGGGUUUUUUACGGGUUACCCAUAACAUUAAGCUCAAAUAUGAUGAGUUAAUUUAAUAAUCAAUACCUAAGUUCAACCAAUAAUAAUAAUAAUAAUUUAAAAUUUCAAACU